GAGCUCGGGUCCGGAUUUGGGCGGGAAUUGAAACCGCCUCUGCUGCCCGAAAGCGCUUGAUAGCUGCAAGUAUCCAGCCUGGAAGGGAGCCAUGGUGCGGCCUGUGAGGAAUAAGAAGCCAGUCAAUUACUCACAGUUUGAGAACUCCGAAAGCGAUGUAGAUGAUGAUGAUUUUGUUUCUGCAACUGGACCUUUAAAUAAGAAAUCCAGAACACCAAACGAAUUAAAACUAGAAAAACCAAAACCCAAAUUGAAGAAUCUCCAGAAAGAAGACAUCCCAUUACAAGAGAAAACUCCUAAAAAAAGGAUGGCUUUAGAUGACAAACUCUACCAGAGAGACUUACAAGUUGCACUGGCAUUAUCAGCGAAGGAACUUCCAAUAGUCACCAUUGAUGUGGAGGGGUCUCAAGGCAGUGAAAAACAUGACAAUAGUGAAAGAGAAACAAUGGAUAAGUCUCCCCAUAUCUCCAAUUGCAGUGUAGCCAGUGAUUAUUUAGAUUUGGAUAAGAUUACUGAGGAAGAUGAUGUUCAUGGCGCUCAAGGGAGAAGAAAAGCAGCAUCUAAAGCUGUGGUUCAGCAGAGGAAGAUCCUUUUGGAAGGCAGUGAUGGCGACAGUGCGAACGACUCCGAACCAGACUUUGCAACUGGUGAAGAUUCUGAAGAUGAUUCUGAUUUUAGUGAGAGUGAAGAUAAUGAUAAAGACUUCACUAUGAGAAAAAGUAAAGAAAUUAAAAAGAAAGAAGUGAAGGUUAAAUCUCCAGUUGUAAAGAAAGAGAAGAAAGCUAAAUCCAAAUGUAAUUCAUUAGUAGACUCUGCUCCAGCUGCUGUCAAAUCAGAAUCUCAGCCCUCAUCAAAAAAGGUUUCUCUUUCUUCAGCGGCAACUAGGAAACCAUUACAAAUACGCAGUCCUUCAAGUGAAAGCAAGAGACCUAAGUGGGUCCCACCAGGUGAUGUGUUUUCUUUCAGCGGUAUCCGGAAGGAGCAGCACCAGCAGCAGCCCGCUGGCAGGGGAGUUUGUUAAGUCUCCAAAUCAGAGUCUCCGCCUUGGCUUGUCUAGAUUAGCACGUGUUAAACCUUUGCAUCCAAACACUGCUAGUAGCUGAGUGUGGUAGUAAAGAAAUGUUUAAGAGAAUCACAGUUUGACAAGUGUGUUUAUAUUGUAAUAUAAAGGAAUCCUUUAACGUCAUAUAAAUUAUCUCUACCCAUUUUGUGAUUAUGUUCUCUGAAAAGCUAUUCAAGACUUCAAUAAGAUUUGUUUAUAAGAA